UCACGAGAGUUUACGGAAGCGUAACCACCCACUGCAAAGAUGGAGGACGAUAUCUCAGAUGUGAGCAGACCACAAAUGUACUUAUUUGGUUGCACCCUGAAAUCGGACAAACGGGAGUUCAAAGUUGAUCUAGACGGCGAUGAAACGGAGCAGCAGCUGUCACUCAAAGCAGUGUGCCUGGGAGCUGAGGCUGAAGAUAAGUUCCACAUGGUGGAAGUUGAAGGCCUCACUUACGACGGGAAGACGACAAAAGUGCCGCUAGCUGUCCUUAAACCUUCCGUCCUGCCCUCUAUGAGUUUAGGUGGAUUUGAAAUUACACCUCCAGUUACCUUCCGUCUCCAGUCUGGUUCUGGACCAGUUCACAUCAGCGGGCAGCAUUUUAUUAGUGUGAAGGAUUCAGACGAUGAAGAGGAGGAGAACAACACGUCGCCGGUGAAGCGGCCUGCAAAUCUGCUGGCAGGGAAGAAACCCCCACUGAAAAAACUGAAGAUGGAUUCUGAUGACGACGACGAUGAUGAAGACAGUGAUGAAGAUGAUGACGAUGAUGACGACAGUGAUGAAAAUGAUGUGAAGCCACAGAAGAAUGUGGGAAAAGUGCUUAAAAAGAGCCCAGAGUCCUCACCCAAGAAGCCCAACAAGACUCCAGUGAAACAGAACGGCCCUGCAGGGAAAGCCUCAGGAUCAGCAGUCAAACCACAGAUUAAGACACCUGCCCCAGGAAAAGAUAAACCUCUGCCUGGCCCGUCUAAAUCUCUGACUGAGAUUAAGAGCAAGUUGUCAACUGCAGCCAAGGAGGGGAAGCCCCUUCCAAAGACGGAGCCGAAGUUUGAGAAUUACUUGAGAAGUGCUUUUAAAAUCUCAGACAAACAAGUGGUCAAGGAUCUUUGGAGUUUUGUGCAAACACUGAAGACUGAGAAGAAGUAACACACAUGCACCUUGAAGCAUUUUGUAUGUUUUGCGUCCUGCAAGGCAUUUAAAGGCACAGUCGGCGAGAUUUCCUACUCGGUUUCAUGCUGUCAGAACUGCUAAGGACUAUAAUCAGGUGGACUAAGUGCUGAAAAAUGGUAAAGCCAUCAAUGCAUAGUUUUAGAUGUCAAUGUCUUGUUUUUUUUUCCUCUAGAUGCAAAGCACUUCAUGGAGUUGGUUCUUGGGCUCAUUCGUGUUUAGCAGACUGUAGAUUUGUCGCGAGGGGAAGCUUCUUACAUGUUGCUACAAGAAAGGAAAAGGUUCUAAAAUUUACACUACCUGCAGGUUUAUGUAGCUGCUGUAAUAACUGAAUGUGCAAAUUAUUAGUUACUAACAAAACUCAAGUAUUUAAGACCAAAAACAGGCUGACUCAGAGCCUAAGCUAGUUAAUAGUUCUGUAGUACACCCUCUUGGCAAAACAGUAUUAUUUUCAUACCACCAGAAGGACACACCAAACACAAGUAUGCUCAAGAAAAAGUAAAAAAAAAAAAAAAAAAAUAAUAAUACUGUAGAAACCUGCAGCUGGUGUAACUCACAAUACAGAAGCUAUUCCUUUCUUUCCCUAUAGGUGGUGAUAUCCUCAUUAAGCAUCCCGCUUUCUUCGUGCACUGAAGAUGAUGUAGGUUACCUUGAAACAGCUGUUGAGUUGAACUUAACUGAUUCUGUGAUUCUGAAAACGUGUGCGAUUGGGUUUGAGGUGCUUCACAUCUGUGUGUCAAGUCAAUAUUGCAAUAGGAGAUAUUGCAGAAUGUGCCUUUAAAUAUCUCUACUGAAAACUGAGAUAAAUCAGAGCCCCGAUGUGUGUGAAUUUGAGCAGCGUGUACGUGGGUGGUCAAGACAGCUGAUAAAAGAAGACAGUUUGAUAAUUGGACAAUUUUCUAUCAUCAGCCAGUGACAGUAAGUGUUGUUUUUGUUAUUUCAGCUUUUCUGCAGUUAAAAAGCAUUUGAACUCGCAAACUUACAGACUGUACAUGCAAUUUGUUUAGAAUGCUAUACUGCUUUAUUUAAACCUCAAUUAUAGAAGUAAUUUAUUUUUAAAGUUCUGAGUUCAGGCAUUAUAAUAUAGUAACAGUAACUAUACUUUUUAACUGUAAAAAAUUUCACAAAAAUAAAUACAUAAAACAUGCAGAGUAGAAACCACAAAUGUAUAACUGGAGAAAGUUAUUAAAAAUCCUUUAAAAAAAAAAAGCAGCCUUCAUAUCAUCUCUUGCAGAGUAUGAUGGAAUCUAUAAAAGCAGCGCAGGUGCUCUGAAUCAGAUGUUUUUUUUUCUUUUUAAUGUACAUUUCAUAUCAAAAGCAAAACAGAUUGCUAAAUCCAGGAGUAUAUUAGCUCCAGUGCUGGUUUACAUUAUAGUUUAAUGCACUGUAAUGCAUUAAAACAGAUUACAAGCAUAUUAGUAAUAUUGGUACAGUAUGAGGUAUCAGACAAUUAAAUCAGAGUAACAUGACAUCACCUUAAAGAAUUCAACUCUGUAAUUGUUUGCACUCGUAUAUCAGUGCUCUGAUGACAACCACCAUUCGUUCACGCUGGGCUUAUGAUGUGUUUCUAUUCCCAUAUAAUAUGAAAAUGUUCCCCAUCUUUAACCAGUUAAAUUGACCUGUUCCAACUUUGAAUUGUGCAGAAAGGGUUUUUGAAAAUCUAUCAUUUCAAUUUUGAUCAGUCUGCCCCUAUGAUUUACCUAAAUUGAAUUAUUAAUAGUUAGUGACGUCUUUUAUAGUGAGGUUUCAGUAGCAGCAGGUUUCCAGAAUUAAUUUUUUUUUUUUUUUUUGCUUUGCAUGUAUUUGUGAAUUUUUUGUUUUUUUUGUUUUUUAAUACUUCUAUCAUAUCAAACCUAAUAUUUUGUUGUGUAAAUAUAUUUCUUGCUUUUAUUUCCAAGACCGGCAGCUGAACUGAUGCAUUUUAGCGUUUCUCCUGCCCUUUCUAACAGCUUGUUUUAUAGAAUCGAUCUGUUGUCUUGGUCUGUUUGAAAUCUUGUGUUUUAGUAUAAAAUCCCUUUUUAACAGAUCCUGAGCACUGUUCUGUUCUUGCCGUUGACCUUUGGGUUUACCCCUGCUGUAAGUCAGUCUGUCAUUUUUUGAGCAAUGGUGAAACCAGGACCUUAAGUAAGUCCAACUGCGAAAAGCAAUUGUUUUUUUUUUUUGUUGAUACCUGAUGCAUGUUUAAGGCUCAUUAUUUUUAAUAUUUUUGUAACCACAAACAUCUGGUUUAAUUUGGCUUAAAAAAAAUAUAAGGGAUGUUAUUAGCAAACACGUAGUUGAGUUUUUUUUUUUUUUUUUGGCAGUACACGAUGAGCAGGUGAUACAAGUAUCGCUUUGCUAAAUGAGCUUUCUUCCAAACCAUAUAAUGGCAAGUCUUUGAAUUUAGAACAACAUUGUAAAGCUGUCAUUACAUUUUCUUUACUUUUUAGUCUGUUCUUGUGCAUUUUCCUUAUCCAAAUGACUGGCUUUUUUCCUGUGACCUGAAGUACAAGUACCCAUCUUCGGUUUGACUGGAUUAAAAACAAAAGUACAUAAAAUUAUAA